GUUGAAGUCAUCACCCAGGGCAAAAUCAUUUAGAAAACUAUGUAGCAAGGAUCAUUAUUGUCGGGGCGGCUAAAAUUACGGCCCCCCUCACGCGAAUGUCCUUCCGCCCAAGUGCAUUGCGUAGCCGCAAACACCGAACGAAUUGAAUCGCUCUGUGGUAACUAAGAUAGCAGAAUCUGAGAGUCUGUCUGUAUGGAUAAGGAUAUGAUCAUGUAAGAACAAACAAAGAACAAAGGCGAAGCUGACGUUGGGUAUUUUGUUUGUACUUGGGUAUAAAUAAGAGUAGCAUCCACCAUGAUUGACUAUCUUCUUCUUAGCUUCCUAUUUAUCCCAUUCCGAACAUGCCCAAGCGAGUUCCCACCCCGCCUCUUCUCGACGACUGACGCCGACUACUACUCCGUCUGUCAACCUUACCCGCUCAACUUUGACUGGGAUAUCCAUGAGGAUGUUUUGAAGCACGUCCGUUGGAUUGCUGCCUGCGUCGGUACCAGGCCCUUCUAUGCGUUCCAUUACAAGCCCAAGGCACCCUCGAUGGUUAUCGUUGAGAUCGAAAAGAACAAUGCAAAAGGGAAAGCCAGCUUUCUCGGCGAGCACCGCUGGAAGGAGUUCUUGUUGGCGCCGACUCCAGAGGAAAGAGAAAGGGUCACUCGGGUCUUUCCUUGUUUCCAUACAAACAAUCGCUCAGUUGUCAAAGACGGUUGGCACAGAGUUGCGGUCGAAGAUGAUUGGUUCAAAGGAUGGUCCGCUGUACAAGAUUUCAUGCAGCCGUAUCCUGCAACCCAUCAUUGUGUACCACCCAAUGAGGACAGGACUAACAAGUCUUUGUGCCGUCCACUUCCCGCCUUGUACAAACCUCCACCACCGCCUCCAACUAAGCCAGUCGUAGGCUCCACCUCUUGGGUGAAUGCGAAGACUGGCACAGGUCCUAGCACUGCUGUCCCUCUCCUAGGUGCAUGGGGCCGUGGCCGCGGAGGAAAAAAUAUUUCGAUUAGAAACGGCGGUACGAACCAGACAGCUCUACCUUCGCGUUGGAAUCAGCCCAUUGUCCAGAACAACAAAGUCGUUUCUCCCCCCGCUUGGGGGAACAAUCGUGGAGAUCAAAUGCCUGGCGGACAUUCAUCAUCCAGUAAAUCGUUGGUGGGUAUCUCUAAAGGAUCAGCCCUAUCUCGUCCACCAGGUCUUCCAGCCAAUCCCUCAGGCAGCUUUCCUGCUCCUCCUGGUAUUACACGGGCCGGGAAUUCUGGCUCUGGUACUUCCGUGACGCAGGAGGGUUCUCUCGAUAAACAAGUCGCGCGCAUUUCCUUGGGCGAAGACCAUGAAGCGGAUCCUUACACUUUGGGUGACGGACUAGACGAAGAGGAUCCCGUUGUUGCAAUGUCUAUUCCUCGAUAUGAGGUUAUCGAACCCGCUGUCUCGCCUGUUGAUGAUGCUAGCGGAGAAAACUUGUGGUCAGUGGCGGACGAUACAUCUACUGUUAGCGCGCCUCUAUGCCCUCUUCACGGCCGGCCAAACUGUAAACCGGGUAUUUGCCAGGCAGCAUCCAAGCAGAAAAAGCAGGAACAGGCCGAACAACGGAGGAGAGAAGCGGAACAGGCGCGCGCCUCUGGCAGGGGAGCUGGGAGAGGACAUGGCCGUGGUGGAAGGGGUGGCCGCGGUCGUGGAGGAAGUGCAAACAGCAGUCGACUCGCAAGUCCCGUUCCAGAACGCGAUCCCUGGGACGCAUAAACCGCUUCCAAGUUCGCAUCCGAAUACCUGCGCUUUCUUUUUUUGAUGGUAAUCUUUCCCUCCCACAAAAUUUCCCAACUGUGCAUCUGUUCUGUCCUGUCUUGUAUCAUGAAAUGUAGCCGAGAAUUGUGUUUCAAUAACACGUAGUACCAAUCUAAGCACAAAUUUGAGUGUGAAUGUCAAAG